AUGGGCAAUGCCUGCUGGGAACUCUACUGUUUGGAGCACGGCAUUCAGCCUGAUGGCCAGAUGCCGAGUGACAAAACGAUCGGUGGAGGUGAUGACUCCUUUAACACUUUCUUCAGCGAGACGGGCUCGGGCAAACACGUGCCUCGCGCUGUCUUUGUGGACCUCGAGCCCACAGUUGUGGAUGAGGUCCGCACUGGCACUUACCGGCAGCUGUUUCACCCCGAACAGUUGAUUACUGGCAAGGAGGAUGCUGCUAAUAACUAUGCUCGUGGUCAUUAUACCAUCGGCAAGGAGAUCAUCGACCUGGUGCUGGACCGACUCCGAAAAUUGUCCGAUCAGUGCACGGGUCUUCAGGGCUUCUUGAUCUUCCACUCCUUUGGUGGUGGUACAGGCUCUGGCUUCACCUCACUCCUGAUGGAGAGACUGAGCGUCGACUAUGGCAAGAAGUCUAAGCUCGAAUUCUCAGUGUACCCCGCACCCCAGAUCUCGACGGCAGUAGUCGAACCCUACAACUCGAUUUUGACGACGCAUACAACUCUGGAGCACUCUGAUUGUGCCUUCAUGGUCGACAACGAAGCCAUCUACGAUAUCUGCAGACGCAAUUUGGAUAUUGAGAGACCGACCUAUACGAACCUGAAUCGUCUCAUUAGUCAAGUCGUGAGCUCGAUUACAGCGUCUCUUCGUUUCGAUGGUGCACUGAACGUAGAUUUGACAGAGUUCCAGACCAACUUGGUUCCUUACCCUCGUAUCCAUUUCCCCCUGACGACAUACGCGCCGGUGAUCUCUGCUGAGAAGGCCUACCAUGAGCAGAUGAGUGUGUCAGAGAUUACAAACUCCUGCUUCGAGCCUGCGAAUUCCAUGGUGAAGUGUGAUCCUCGCCACGGGAAGUACAUGGCCUGCUGUCUGUUGUAC